AUGGCUCCCAUCCGCCGUUACCUACGCAUCACCAAAUAUUCCGUGCUUGAAUGUCGAAUCUAUCUCGAUAACCCUUCUGACAGUCGAUGGCUUCUUAACUCACAAGAUCCUGUUCUUCCACGCGUUUUCGACGUGAUCCGCCCUUUGGUGUUACCGAAGCUACGCGAAGAGAAUGAGCGACGGUGGCUUCGAAAAAAGAGCAAAGUCACCAAGGAUGUCAUCGCUGAAGAUGAUUUCGAAGUCGGCAUCUUCCUUCGCGAAUCGCGCACUCGUCAUUCCCUCUUGACACGAACCAAAACCUUCGAACAGCCGGGGAAAAAAGAAGAGGAUGGAGAAUCGAACACACUUUUCACCGUAGCUGACCCUGCAGAUGCAGAAGUCAUCGACAGCGACAGCGAUCCUGAGUUAAAUUUGAGCGAUAUCCCUAAGGCGACCGAUGAUGGCAAUACAGACCAGGAUCAGCCGUCGCGGAAGAGAAAGAGGAACAACCAGCCCACGGGCGCAAUGGAGACUGAAGAUACGGAUGAGAAAAAGCUGGGGUUCAGCACCCACUAUGAAAGCUUCAAUAUCUCGGGAUGGGUGUUGUGCCUGCUGAUUUCACGUAAGGGUAACCAAGCAAGGCCAGUUGUUGCAAACUCGGAGCCAAAGCAGCCAUUGAUGGAGCAAUGGAUUUCAACGCAAGCACAAGACGCCGGCGAGAAUUAA